ACUUACUUACACUCUCGCCCUGGCCCUCUCCGACUAUGGUCACAUCCUGCACAGUGCAGAAGGAAGGAGGUAGCAGCCGAUCCAGCUGCUCCGGGCUCUGCCUGACUGCUGUAGGGUUUGGAGAUCAGAGGACAUGGGACUUGCCCCUGGCAGCCUGCAGCGUCCAGCCGUGACUUACUGUUGGGGAUUCCUACACCCACCACCUUCUCGGGCACAUUUUGAUCAGCGUGGACCCAAGGCUGAACUAUCCCCGGGGGCUGACAGCCAGCAAAAUUCUUUUGGGCAGGAUUACAUAAAGAAAGAUGACCAAACCUAACAGGAUAGCCAAGGCACCUUAGGAAAGAUGAACCCAGACUCGCUGGACUCUUCCAUUCAGGGUGCCCUUUCGGCACUCUACCCGCCAUUUGAGGCCACUGCACCCACCGUCCUCAGCCAGCUGUUCCGGGUCAUUGAGGAGCGUUACCAAGGCGACGCGCUGCAGUGUCUCCUGGACUUCCUCAUCCCUGCCAAGCACAUCUUGGAAAGUGUACAGCAGGCAGCCUGUGCUGUGUUCUCUGACGUGCUGUUUCGCUGCGAGGGCUGGCCGCUCUGCCUGCGAGAGAGGGUGGUGGUCCAGCUUGCCCCUCUCAACCCCUUCCUCCUGCGCCCGGGGGACUUCUACCUCCAGGUGGAGCCCUUUGGAGACCAGGCUGCGCGCAUCGUCCUCAAGAGCCUGCUGGAGGACUUCCGGGAGGUGGAGGAGACCCCUGUCCCCGAGACCUCCUACCCCAGCAUCUUCACCGAGGAGUGGCUGCGGGAGGUCAACCAGGGCCACCAUGGAACCCCACUGCGCACCUGCCUGCUGUCCACGGAUCAGGGAAUAGUCAAAGUACCGUGGGAGCAGGUGGCGAAUCCUGAGUUUGUGGAUAAGCCCAAAGCCAUGGCUAGCUCGCCCAUCAGUCCGGGGCCUCCUCCUCCAAGCGCACCUCCCUCCUCCUUUUCCGUAGAAACCCGGAUUCUCCCUGCCAAGGACGGCAUUGCUGUAUCCCUGCAUCUGAUUGACAGCAGCUGCACCAGGCUCAUCAAGGUGGACCAGUCCAAGCCACCCAGCAAGCCCAUCGGCUGGGUGUCUCCGAACACCUGGGACAGCCGCAACCCAGAGCUGGAAGGGGACUAUGUAGACCUGGUGGAGUUCACCAAGGAGAAAACCAGCAGGACCCCUCAAAGGACCAAACCAGACCCCUCUUCUUUGGAGGCACCAAGGCCUCCUCCCCCAGCUAAUGUGAAUCUCAUGCCCUGUGGACGGACUCUCAGGUUUGCCGAGGAGCCCUGCACCCCGUGCUUGAGGAGGAAACUAGGACGGGAGUCCGAACUCCAGGAGCUGAGGUGCAGGUACCGGGAGUCCUAUCUGGCAGCACUUCAGAAUCCCGUCAGCUUUGAACAAGGGGGAUUCGCAGAGAUUUUGGAAGAGGCUGCUAGGGGGCUGGACUCUGUCUGUCAGAGAGUGUCACCAUCCCAGACCCCUCAGUGCUGCCAUGAGGAGCAUCUGUACCAGGUUGCCAAAGAUGUCAGCGGUUCAUCCAUGAUCUGCAGGGAGGUGGGUGAGGUGAAAACUAAGCACUGUUGUACAGCACAGCACUCUGGGACAGACAGUAGCAAGAAUAAAGGGAAGCCAGUACCCCCUCCCCCUGCACCAGAGCUCCUGGGCAAAUGUUCUGUAGGCCAAAGGGCGGGUGCAGCUGGAAGCCCUGGCGUUUAUACAGAAAUGACACCGAGUGUCCAGGUAGUGCACUGUAAGAAGACAACAGCAUUUGGAUUGCUAUCCCCAAAAGUGGAGAGACGAAAAUCAGGUAAAAAAGUCUCCCCUCAGGAUGCCAGCCAAACCUGCAAAGCUGAAACAGAGGGACCUGCCCUCCUAGAUAAUGGCCCUGAGAAAGCAGCCCAUUCCUCCCCAGCUGAAAAGCACGUGAGACCACUGCCCCAACCAGGAUCCUCCAGAGCCAGCAGCCUGAUGCUACCAUCUGCACAGUUCAGCAGCCACCUUCUGCACCUGGGAAUCGCCUGUCUACCAGGCAGCAGAGACAGGACUGGCAGGGCUGUGUUGGAGGUCUUUGCAGAUCAUAACGGCUGGAAGUCCCCGCUGGUCUCCAGCCAGGAGCUCUGCAAGCUGCUUCUCUACUUCCACUCCAUCCCCAGGAAAGAGGUCAGGGAUCUUGGAAUGACACUGGUCAUAGAUGCCAGGAAGAAGACCCCUCCUCCAGCCUUGAUUCAAGCUUUGAUGAUGGUCCAGGAGCAGGUUCUACAUGCUGUGCACUGCGUUCUGAUGCUGGUGGACAAGGAGACAGGUCCACGGACAGAGAGACAUCCAGGACUUCAGGUAGAAGUGAUGACAUCACUGAAGGCUUUGCACAAGAUUGUGGAAGGAAGCCAGCUGACGUCAGACUUGGAGGGCACGUUCCCCUACAGCCACAGUGACUGGCUAAAGCUUUAUCAGAAACUUGGUCCUUUUAUGGACGACUUGCAAGAAGCCUCCAGCUUGCUCCAGAAAGCCAUCAGCAAAUUUGACGGCAACAAAAAGAUUGACACUGUUCAGGAAGUCCAGCAGGGGAUUCAGGGCCAGAAGACCAUGAUGAAGGAGGUGCUGGAGGAUACCCGCUUGGUGGCCCUGCAGAGGGAAGGUGGGGCCAUGCUAGCUAGACUGAGGAAGGAGGAGGCCCGAUUUGCCUGCUCUGAGGAUUACAGGGAUGCCAUGAGCACUACCACCAACUUCUAUAACCAGGUGGAGGAGCAAGUUCACACGCUUGUCAUGAAGUCCAACGAGUCCCUGCAGCACCUUGACUUUCUGCUCAAACUCAGGGAACUGGAGGGCAGGUUUAAGAAGAUCAGGGACUGGUUUGAUGCAGAUGGGGAGAGAAGGCUGCUGGAGGCCGACUCAGUGGAGGACUCCCUGGAGAGGGUGGAGCAGACCCUACACAACUUCAACUCUUUCCUCGAGCAGGCCACUGAGCAGAAGAAUCGGGCAUUGGCUUUGGUUACAGAGGCUGGCAAUAUUGAGGCAUCUUCUUACCCUGAGAAGGAGAUCUUCCGCACAAUGGUGUUCACCUUCAAAUCCAGCCUGGCUGACUUUCUGUCUCGAGCAGAGCAGUGUCGCAUUGAGCUGGAGAUUAUGGUCAAUCUGUACCGCUUCUGUGAAAAGGCUACUGAGCUUGCCAAGGGCUGCAGACAGUAUCUGGAGCAGGCUGGGCCUGGCUCUUGUGUAGCUAAAGAACACUUAAGUACUCUUGAAAAGUACAAGGAGAAAUUCACAACCUUUUCUGCCGCACAGUUCCAGGAGGUGAAGGCUCAGGCCUGCACCCUCAAGGGCUCCAGGGGGAUGAGGGUGUGGAACGUUGCCUGGCUGAAGUGCCAGGAAGUCAGGCAGCAGUUGGAGGAGAGGCUGCAGGAAUCUGAGAAGGCCCAGAGGCCUGCAGUGGUUGUAUCAGGACCCAGGAGACUGGUUGCAGAGGAGACUGCCUUCCUGCUGCCUUCCCCUAGUGAAGGCCCUGCACGUGGAAACCACACACCAGCAAGGACUACAGCAGAAUUGCCUGGCAGCAGGGAUUACCAAGCCAAGGGAAAUGACUUUGCCACGGUAAUGUGUUUUAAUUUAAAUUUCAAACCAGACAGCAAAUCAUGCAAGGGCCUGAAAGCUGCACCGGCUUCCAAAACUGAGGCCUCUGUGCCCCAGUUCGUAGAAGACAAGGAAGAAAACUCACAGGAGUUUCUCAGCACUCAGGAAAAGAGCCCAGACUUUCCACGUGGUGACUCCUCCAGCCAUGAGCAAUUAUCCAGACAGCAGCAGGCCCUGGGCAGGUCCCUGAGCGAAGGCUCCGGCGUGUGCUCCUCGCCCUCAGAGCCGCUCGUCUCACCGACCGCAAGAUCUUGCAGUCAGCCCUCCCGCAAGAUCCUGCAGGCUGCCUGGGAGUUUCAGAUGUCGCGGCACGGCAGUUUCUGCUCAGAGGAGUCCUACUGUUUGUCCUCACAGGACAGCGAUAACCUGGGAACUGGACUCGAGGCUCCAGCCUCCGGUCCUGGGGGACACAGGGCUCAGGGAGGAACACCAGUGCCCACUGCAAACUCUGAGGAGAAUGGCAGCAAUGUUUUGAAGUUGCAGCGAAUCGUGGAAGAACUCCUCUUGACAGAGCGGGAGUAUGUGCGCUCCCUGAGCUACAUCAUCACUCACUACUUCCCCCAGCUGGAGCGGCCGGAUGUGCCCCAGGACCUGCGGGGACAGCGAGGGAGAAUCUUUGGCAACCUGGAAAAGCUGCAUGACUUCCACAGGCACUUCUUCCUCAAGGAGCUGGAAGGCUGCCUCAGGGAGCCGCUGAGAGUGGCUCGCUGCUUCCUUAGACAUCGGGAGAGCUUUGGGCUUUAUGCUCUCUACAGUAAGAACAAACCCCAAUCUGACUCUCUGAUCAUUCACCAUGGUCAUGCCUUCUUCAAGCAGAAACAGCUGGAGCUGGGGGACAAGAUGGACCUGUGGUCGUACCUGCUGAAGCCAGUUCAGAGGAUCAGCAAGUACAACCUGCUUCUGCAGGACAUGGAGAAAGAAUGCGGGCCCCAGCAGGGCCGGGAGCGGUCCGAGAUCCAGGCAGCCCUGGAGGUCAUCCGUUUCCAGUUACGCCAUGGCAAUGACCUGCUCGCCAUGGACGACAUCCAGGACUGUGAUGUGAACCUGAAGGAGCAGGGGCAGCUGAUCCGGCAGAAUGAGUUCCUGGUGUCGUUCAGGAAGAAGAAAUGUUUCCGACACGUCUUCCUCUUCCAGGACCUCAUCCUCUUCAGCAAGACCAAGAAGACAGAAGUGGGGAAUGACAUGUAUCUUUACAAGCAAUCAUUUAAGACCUCGGACAUCGGAAUGACACGUAAUUCUGGGGACAGCGGCCUCUGCUUUGAGAUCUGGUUCCGACGGCGGAAGUCCCAGGACACUUAUGUCCUGCAGGCUGAGAGUCCGGAGGUGAAGGAGGCCUGGACCACUGACCUGGAGAGGAUCCUGUGGGAUCAAGCAGUGCGCAACAGAGAGAUCCGAAUGCAGGAGAGGGUGUUCAUGGGAAUUGGAAGCAAGCCCUUCAUGGACAUCAAACCCAGUGCAGCCGCAAUCUGUGACAGAGCGGUCAACUGCGUCUACUCUGGAAGAGAAUCCAAGGCAAUGUCUUCCAUCACUGUCCCUGCAACACAUGGAGGCCUGUUGUCGAUGAGGCCUAACUCCAUAGACUCAGGCAGCAGCACGUCAUCUUCAGGCAGUCACUCGUCCUCUUCCUCCUCCGGGCGGGGAUCCCUCCCUCCUCACCGCUACCUCCCUGGCCAGCAGCGGCGAGGGGAGAUGGGCCAGGGCGCCUUCCUGGUGACAGGGGUUCUGGAAGAGGACGAUCUGGACAAUGAGACGGAGAACCUUCAUUUACUCAUGGACAGCUCUGAGUCAUCUGGCGAGAGCAUCAGUGGUUUCAGCAGCUCGGACCACAGCUGCCUGUCUGUGAUUGGAGGAGAGCCGGACGACUCCUCCUCUUUCUCCUCCCUGUUUUCCAAGCCAAGCUCUGCCCAUGAGUCUCUGCCUGAAUUCCGCAGACGCACCUCUCCCGUUGUUUCCAGAAGUAGACCCUCUAGGACUCCUCCACCUCAGGCCAAGAGUAUGGGCCACCCUGGAAAGGUGGGCUACUGCAGUACCACUGUGGACAGCUUGAUAGAGAAUCAUGAAAAAAUGGUCAUUGGACGAUCAACAGAGGUCUAACUUACCCUGGUGAUGUGGAUGGAUGGUUAAUAGCUCUGCUGAUCUGAUCCGAUGGGAUAAGAGCUGAGCUAAGCCAAAGAAGAACAGGGAAGAGGCACUGGGAAAGGUGCACUGAGAUGCUGGGAGCAUUUCCAACUAUUUGGACUUUAAAGGGAAUAUCAGAAGAUGCACUGGAUUUUCAAAGUCAUAUAUCACAUACAGUAUGCUUUCUUUGAUGCUGACUGAAUCUUCCACGCAGAGCCUCUUUCUAAGCUGCUUGUGAUCACUGGGCAUUUUUCUGAACUGUUGGCCAAUAUGCCUGUCAGAUUAUAAAGUUAAACUGCCAAUCACCACCUGUACAGACAUCCAUCUACUUAACUAAAGUGACUCGAUGCUUCAUCUAAUCACAUAUCUGUUUGGGAUUCAUACAAUCUUUGCUGCAUCCGCCUAUAACCAAGCACAAGAAAGCUUAUAAAUGAAAGGAACCCGUCUGUCUUUGUGGUAAUUUGUGUAAGGUUUGUUUACUCAUCAUUGUAGAAACCCAUUUAUGCUAAUCGGAGAUAAGUAACAUUCUAUUAAAGUAUAAAGAAAUGGUACACAGAUGCAAGGGUAUUUUGCAUACAAUCUGCGCUUAGUGAACUAAAGACUUUGCGCUUGUAAUACAGGGUUUCUAAAUGAUACAUGACCUGUUAUUACCUUCACUCUAAAAAUAUGACAGCUGUAUUGCAUACCAUUUGAUAUAAAGCAUUGAGAUGUGAUUUUAGCAUCCAUCCAAAACAAUUUAUAAACAAAUAAAUAAUGUAUCCAACACAGGGUCGUAGGGGAGCCAAAGCCUAUCCAGGCAAACAACAGUCACAAGGUGGGAUACCAGUCCACUACAGGGCACACAGAGCCUCUCACUCACGCCAAGAUCAUGUGUCACAGGUCCAGAAUUGAAUCCGGAGCCCCAACACUGUGAGGCAGCUAUGCUAACCAUUGAUUCUGCAGUGUUGUUUCAUAUCAUAUUCUUUGCUUUUUGUAGCAUCUUUGCUAUAAAAGUAUGAAUUUGUCAAUAAUGAUAUAAAAAACAAAUGUGUAAUGUUCAUACUGUAUAUAUAUUUGCAAAAUUUCAAAAUAAUUCAAGCCACUCUUAUGUCAAAACAAAACUGUUGAGACAUGUUGCAAGAAAUGUUACUUGGAUUUUAAAAUGUCAGGAUUUACAUUUCUGUUUAGUCAAGAUGCUUUCUUUCACAAGGACCAGACUUUUGUGAGAGCUGAUUUCCUCUUUUGUAAAUUUAAUCCGCUUGUGGAAAACUCAUCACUGCAGCACUGUGUAAGUAAGAGCAUGGGCUUUGUUUUUUAACAAUCGUGGUUAGACUCUCAAGAGUCAAAUUCCUAAUACAUCCUUUAUGUGUGCUUUUAUACAGCAGGAACAAUCAUAAAAAUCCACACAUUAAAAUAUGCAAAGGGGUUCUAUGACUGAGAAGAAAAAACAAUGAAAUUUUCUAGUUACUCUUGUGAUCGUGCUGUUUCCAGAAUAACUGCUGAAGUUUUUGUGUUCAGUAGUCAUUGUUACUUAUAUCCUUAUAAUUUAUUGUUAUUUUAGGAGUGGGAGUAUUUGAGCAGUUUAUGACAUCAUGAGUAUAACUAAGGCUGUAUUCUAAUUUAGUAACAUAAUUGACCAAUUAAAAUGCCACUUGCUUUGUCAGUCAUACUGUACCUUUCUUUUAUAUUAAAGGUUCUAUCAAGGCCUCAUUUGGGACCAUGAUAAAUAUA